UCUCUUGUCUUCUACUUUUUAACUUUCUUUUGUAAUCCCUUGUCUGAAAAGGAAAUGGAUCAUGUAAGUUCAAGUGAUUUACUUCUUGAUGAUCUUCUUGAAGAUUACUGGUUCUUUGAGAACUUAUUUACAAGAAGGUCAAGUGGCUUAAGGUAUUGUCACUCAGAUCCUUACCCUUCUUCUUCUACUUCAACUUCUGCUGAAAAAAUGGGAGAUUCAGAUUCGGAGAAGGUUCUAGAAGCUUCCACAGGACGAUCUUUGAUCAGGGCAUCUUCUAUAGAUAGUAGAGAAGGCGGAUCUCAGAAGAAGCUGACGAGGCAGUUCUCUGAAAAGAUUAGGGUUCAAGAACCGAGACAAGUUGGGUCUUCCUUGCAGAAGAAGGAACAUGUAGUUCUUCCUAAAUCUGGAUCUUGUUCGGCUCCGGGGAAGAUUCAAGAAGCUUCCAAGAAAAGGGAUUUGAUCCGGACACCUUCUUUGCCGCCUCACAUAGAAAAAAGAGAGAUGGACCGUGAGGCGAAGAGGAUGAUCAAUAAGCAGACAAGGCAGUUCUCUGAGAAGAUUAGGGUUCUAGAACCAAUGAGGCCUGGUGAGCAUUUCUUGCAGAAGAAGGAAACUAUUGUUCGAGACAAAGGGAUUAGUGAAAGUUGUAGAAGGAACAAAACAGGAAGUAAUAGUAGUUAUAGUAGUGUCAAGAUUAGUUUGCAAAGAACGCAAACGAUGCCAAAUAGCAUCAGAAGAGAAGAAGAUAACGAGAUAGACGAGUUUGAAGAUCAAGAAAGCGACUCAAGAAUGGGAUUUUUGAUCCGUGAAGCCCUCGCUAGCUCACAUAAUGUUCCAAAGGUUUCAAACAAUCAAAGGCAGAGACCACCAAGAAGCUUGAGAUUAGAAGACACUGUUAUGGUCAAACAAGGUGGCUCAAGUCCCAAAACGCUGCGUAAAACGUUAAGCAGCGUAGAAACAACCAAAGAGAUUCAAAGGCUGAAAGGUUAUGACCAACUGGUCGAGCCACGUGUCACAAGCGGACUAGCUACACCACCUAGGGUUCCAAAGGAUUCAAGUAAAGAAAUGAAGGAUCAGAUCAAGUUUUGGGCUCGAGCCGUAGCUACUAAUGUCCGACAAGAGUGCUAAGAUUUUUCUUACACUAAUUAACUGUGUUUCUUUGUGACACUAUUCCGUACAUAUGAUUCUUAUCUUGAACUCUUUUGUUUGUUUUUUUUUUCUGAUCCUCCUGAAAUAAUGAGAUUCCUCUGUU